ACAGAUACAGAUUUAUAUGAGCUUGCCAAGAACAAAACUUACGCUCACUCAAUAGCUACAUCUCCAAAUGGAGCAUUCUUUGCUUGUUUGACAGCGAAUAGAAAGGCUUACGUUUUUCAUUUUCUGUCGGCUAAACUCUCUCGUGUUUUCAAUGAAUCUUUAAAUACAUUUGUUGAAAUGCAACAAUCAAAAGCACAACUUGCGAAUAUGGAGUUUGGUAGAAGGAUAGCUGUAGAAAGAGAACUUGAAAAAUUGCCAGAAAGUUUUGGACUGAGUAACCUAAUUUUUGAUGAAACAAGCAAUUUUUUGAUGUAUGGUACAAUGUUUGGCGUGAAGCUGAUUAAUCUACAUACAAACAGAUGUGUCAGAUUCAUUGGAAAGUCUGAAAACAUCAGGAUUCUCCAUAUUUCAUUAUACCAAGGGGCACCAAAGAAACGACAAUCAGCCAUAACUGUUGACAUGAAAUUAUCCGAUAAUCCCGGCCUUCAAGAACCAGAAAACGAUCCAACCUUGUUUUGUACAGCUUAUAAGAAAAAUAGAUUUUAUAUGUUUACAAAACGUGCACCUGAUGAAAUUCAAUCAACAGAUGGCGAUAGAGAUGUUUUUAAUGAGAAACCAUCAAAGGAGGAAGUCCUAGCAUCCAUGCAAGUUAUAGAGAAAAGAGUUUCUGACAAAGCAAUCAUACAUACCACAGUAGGAGAUGUACACAUCAAAUUAUUUAUGAAUGAAUGCCCGAAAACUGUCGAGAAUUUUUGCGUUCACUCUAGAGAUGGAUAUUAUAAUGGCCACAUAUUUCAUAGAGUUAUAAAGGGCUUCAUGAUACAGACUGGCGAUCCUCUUGGAAGUGGAACUGGCGGUGAAAGCAUCUGGGGUGGAGAAUUCGAAGAUGAAUUCCAUCCUUCAUUAAGGCACGAUAGGCCGUACACACUUAGUAUGGCAAAUGCCGGCCCAAAUACAAACGGAUCUCAAUUUUUUGUUACUGUUGUGCCUACACCGUGGUUGGACAAUAAACAUACCGUAUUUGGACGAGUUGUAAAAGGAAUGGACGUCAUACAAAAUAUAUCUUUGGCUAAAACUCACCCGAAAACUGAUAAGCCGUACGAUGAUAUUUCAAUAGUAAAUGUUAGUGUCAAGUGAUGCUAGAACAAAAAGCAUUGCCUGGUAUUCUCAUGCACUCUGAUCGAUUGGGUACACGAUAGGUCAAGGUGUGGAUAAUGGAAACAAGAAGUUCACUAAAUAUAUUUAAAUGCUUGGCUGCAGCCAUAGAUUGAUGUAGCCUACAUUUGAUAUAAAGGUCCUCAAAGUCAUACUGCCUAUUAGGCGUAAAUCUGUUUGAGUAUGUGCAAACACUGCCUAUGAAUGUUCAUGCAGUUCAUAUCGCUAGCUAAAUUAAUUCCAUCUCUCGUAUUUGCAUGAAAAUUUUAUGUAUUUCGAGCCUUAUUUUUUCUGCAUAUGAAGUGGAGAGGAAAGUGGUCUACUUGUGUCAUAGAUGCAUCAUUGGGAUUAUAUUGUGCUGACUCUUAAGCAAAAUUAACUCAUGGAAAACUUGUUGAUUUAAAUAAAAGUUACGUCUUUUAGGUA